UCCUCCACAAUGAACGAUCACGAGCCUGAAAAGGAAAUCAGGACAGAGCAUAGUCCCUCCCGGUUCACGGCGGUGAACGGGAGAGAUCCGCUCGUUCCGGUACCACCAGCUACCGCCACUGCUGCCCCGAACAAUGAAGAACAUCGAAACCCAUCAGAAAGCUCGGGGAGAAGUAGACAUGACACCCCAUCGCGGUCGGAGGGACCAAUGUUGGAAAACGGGGCCGCCAGAAAUGAUUAUGAAGAUCAUGAGUCGCGCCGGUCGCCAUCGCAAUAUGGGUCUAUGGUCACAAACAGAAGCAAGCGAAAAAGGUCGGAAUCAGUUGAUACAGAAGAAACACGCUUGUUCAAUAAAGGCACCAAGACCACGUCAUCUCAAGCAGAGGAUGCUCCGGAUACUCUCACACAGCCGCCCAGUUCAAAUGGCCCUACUUUAGCCCACAAUGAUCAUGAAGUAAAGCACGCGACACAUCCCUCUCCGCCAUUGCAUACACGACCGGACGAGAGUGAGGACUCCCGAACUGCACACCCAAAUUCUCCUUGGCAAGAAUACGACACUCAAUUGAUUAGCCAAGCGCAACGUGCGCAACAAAUAGAUCCUUCUGACGCCCAGUUAGCAGAAGCACUCCAGCGCGAGGCCCAAGGCCAUGAGGCGACUCAAAAGAGCUGGGGAACGAUGGAUCGCCCGGUCGAUGGGUCCGCGGAGAGUGAACAGUCACCGCCGUUGACUGCUUUCCAUCAAGAACGGGCGCCUGGCACCGUUCAAGUCGCCCCAAAGAGAAAGCGUGUUUUCAGCAACAGAACGAAAACCGGAUGCAUGACCUGCCGCAAGAGAAAGAAAAAAUGUGACGAGCAACAUCCCGCGUGCAACAACUGUAUUAGGGGAGGCUUUUUGUGCGAAGGCUAUUCGUCGCGGAGCACGUGGCAGAAGCCGUCGAGUGCAAAAGCCCCAGUCCCUCUGCAAUCAAAAGAAGGCUACACUGAUAUCACUGGUCAAUAUGUACAUGAUGUAGGUUCGGGACAUGAACGCCAGCAAAUUCUCGCCGAGCUUGAAACGGCCAAAAUGAAACCGAUCGUUAUAGAUGAAAAUGAACGUGCCGGAAGUGCACAGUUCAACUCAAGUCCCACGGGGGCUGGUUCUAAUUGCGGGUCAUGGUCGAAGCGAUCUUGGCCGAAUACUGCCCAUUCUAGCUAUCCAUCGGAUCAUCUGGCAAAGUCGGAGCUUAGGGAAGUGCCGCCAAUACAUGAACUAUCUCGGGAAGGGCAUCCCAAGACAGAUUACCAGAUAGUACCCCCGAUACGAGAAUUCUCUCACGGACCGCAUGGGAAACCAAGCGUACCACUCUUCCAACCAGGUAUCGAUCAGCGGCCAGCUCAUCCAGGUGCCGUGGACACCAGUAGCCCCCAAGCCCAGGCGCGGAUGGCCCUUAGCAUUGAGCAUCAGCUAUCUACACGCACGUCUUCGAACGAAGAAACGGAAAAGGAUAAAAUGACUCUGGGCGAACUAUAUAGGCCCUUUGAUAUUCACCUUGUGGAAGAAAGGCAACGAUGCAAAGCAGCUUUAUGGCGCUUCAACAAUUCUUGCAACCCCAUCUCCGGUCUCAGUAUCAAGGAACAGGGUCGUUUGUUAAGAGAAGUACUUGGGCUCUUGAAUGGGGGUGUCAAUUCACCUUCAGGCGUCACCCCUCGUUCCACAGGAUCCAUUGGACAAGGCGCCAUUGUUGAGGCCCCUUUCCGAUGCCAUUAUGGGUACAAUAUCCAUAUUGGAGAGGAUACUAUGAUAUCCGAGGAGUGUCUCUUUGUCGAUGACUGCCCUAUAACCAUCGGUGCCCAUACGUGGAUUGGCCCCAGGGUUACCAUCCUCACCUCAAUGGCCCAUGCCAACAUGCAGGAACGGAAAGGCUCUCAGAGUCGCUAUCAGGGUCGCACAGUUGCAAUAGAAGAAGAUUGCUAUGUCGGUGCCGGCUGUACAAUCUACCCCGGUGUUCGUCUUCGGCGGGGCGCCUAUGUGGCCCCAGGAGAGGUGGUGAAAUCCGACAUUGUGGCAUAUGGAUUCCAAGGCCUCAAACCGAGUUAUAUGUGAGAGAACUUGCUCUUGUUUAUGUAUCCCAUGACUUUGCAAAUAUCAUUAUUCCUACUAUCAUUCCUGUCUGCCCCAUGGGCUCUAGUUUGUUUCUUCGUUGGACAACCUGGGAUGCGGUGUGCUUUCUAUAUGGAAUUCAGGGUCCUCUCUCUCUUUUUGUGUAGAUUAUCGUUUCAAUUCUCCACCUCAUCCUGUCACCCACAUCAAGACCAGAACCGACAUCAGUGGUGUCGAUAACGUCAAA